AUGGGCGUGCUGCAACCCCGACGUCGCGACUCCUCCGCAUCCGUCCCGUCUGGCAACCUAAUGUUCGAUCGUGACCAGGGUAUGGCACUGUCACCAGAGUCACUGGUGGAACAUGCAAACCUAGCCAGCUCGCCUGGCCCAAUAGGCGCCGAAUCAUCCAGUUACAAUGGAUCGAGGCGAACCCCCAGUCGAUCAUUCUACCAUCGUUCAUUUAACAGCAAUAUGGAUCCGGCACACUAUGCCUCAGAUGGUCUCCGGGACCAGACCGCUGAGCUCGCAACCUACGGCCUGUCACUGAACAAAAAGUCUGUCUUGCGGGACAGCCCGGGCCGCCCACCUGGUCUGGAUAUAUUCCACGGCAGUCAGAAAUCUAGCAGUUUCUCCCGGGAUGAAGCCUCCAGCUCUCACACUGCCAUGGGGGAGGCGCUUGAUCCCGGUUCUGCUUCUGUAGACCCUGCAUCGGCCUCUUCGGCUCUCACAGAGAUGAUUCGCCGUCCUUCGACUGUGGUCGAUGAUCAGAUCGCGCCAUCUGCUACUGAGGAUGUGUCGUUCCCUCCCCCACCUACUAUCUAUGAAGCACCCGAGCGAGAUACCGAGCAUACGUCGCUAUUAUCAAAGUCACGGUCUAAAUCUACACAGAAUUAUGGAAGUGCUGGUGAUGUCGAGAACCAGGGGGCUGUGGCUCGGUCUCCUAACUUCUUGACAAAGGGGGUUUCAUCGGCCGCCAAAUACUCGAGGGCUCUGGCUAACCCGAAGACUUGGGAUAGGCGUAUUCUAUGGCAGGAAGCUGUGGUCCGUCCAGCUAGUCUGGUACCUGCAGUCCUGCUCGGUCUUCUAUUGAAUAUUCUUGAUGCCUUAUCUUAUGGAAUGAUCUUGUUCCCUCUUGGAGAACCGCUGUUCUCCCACCUGGGAAACGAUGGUAUCUCGAUGUUCUACGUCAGUACAAUCAUUUCCCAAGUCGUCUUCUCCUGUGGGGGGUCAAUCUUCAAAGGAGGAAUUGGAAGCGAGAUGAUUGAAGUAGUGCCUUUCUUCCACCAGAUGGCUUUCACCAUCAUGAACUCGAUUGGCAAAGACAAUCCCAAAUCUGUCAUUGCCACAACCAUCCUAGCCUUCUCAGUCAGUUCAAUCUUGACCGGCUUGGUGUUCUUCUUGAUGGGUGUGUGCGGGCUGGGUUCGCUCAUCGGUUUCUUCCCCCGCCACAUUCUGAUCGGCUGUAUCGGUGGCGUUGGCUACUUUCUUCUGGUAACUGGAGUCGAGGUCUCGGCCCGGCUUCCUGGGUCUCUGGAGUAUAAUCUCGAGACACUUCAGAGACUGUUCCAUCUUGAUACUUUCCCUCUUUGGAUCAUUCCCCUGUCUCUUGCAAUUGGCCUCCUUGUCUUGAAACGGUUCGUUCGCUCGAACUUUUUGGUUGGGGGCUACUUCAUUGCAGUUGCGGCUGUGUUUUACAUUGUCAUUUUGAGUGCUAGGAUCUCUAUGAGUUCCUUGCAUCAGAACGGAUGGGUCUUUGAUGCCCCGUCUUCCAACAACCCUUGGUAUCAUUUCUACACGCUUUAUGAUCUCUCUGCGGUCAGUUGGACUGCUUUUGGCGAGACAAUCCCGGCCAUGUUUGCGCUGACCUUCUUUGGUGUGCUUCAUGUGCCCAUAAACGUCCCCGCUUUGGGAAUCUCCACCGGUGAGGACAACGUCAACGUUGAUAGAGAACUUGUGGCACACGGUGUGACAAAUGCUCUUUCCGGCUUCGCAGGAAGUAUUCAGAACUACCUUGUUUACACCAACAGUCUUCUCUUCAUUGCCAGCGGUGGAGAAUCUCGCUUGGCGGGGUUGAUGUUGGCUGGAGCCACGGCAGGUAUUAUGGUCAUUGGCCCUGUUAUCAUUGGAUACAUUCCUGUGAUGGUUGUGGGUGCCUUGAUCUUCUUGCUGGGCAUUGAGCUAUUGCAGGAAGCCUUAGUGGACACCUGGGGAAAGCUCAGCCGGCUUGAAUAUCUGACUGUUGUCAUUAUUGUUGUCACUAUGGGUGCUUGGGACUUCGUAGCUGGAAUCUUCGUGGGAAUCAUCUUGGCAUGUGUGAACUUUGUCGUCCAGACUUCUCGCAAAUCUGCCAUCCGAGCCACCUUCUCCGGUGAGACCGCAGGGUCGACAGUCCGACGGCCUCCCAUUCAGCAGCAAUUCUUGCACGAAGCCGGACAGCAGACACUGAUCAUCAAGCUUGGUGGCUACCUCUUCUUUGGAACCAUCGUCAAUGUCGAGAGUACUAUGCGCGGCCUCAUCGAGGAAGAAGCAUUUGAUCGACGUCCCAUUCGCUUCCUUAUCCUCGACUUCUCCCGAGUCUAUGGUCUCGACUUCUCAGCCGCAGAAGCGUUCACUCGUAUCAACCGCAUUCUCAAAAAGCGCAACGUGCAAACAACCAUCUCAGGCCUGAACGUCGAAGGCGACGUAGGCAAGAGUCUGCAAAACGUCGGACUCUUCGAACCCGAAUCCGGCGUGCCAAUCUUCGAAGACCUAAACUCAGCCCUCGAAUUCUGCGAAAAUGACUACCUCAAAGUCUUCUACAGCCGCCAAGAAGCCCUCCUAACCCCCACCGAAGCCUCAACACCGGCAACCAUCGUCCAUGUCCCCGUCCCAGUCCCCCAAUCCCAACCGCUAUCCGACACAAUCGUCAGCUCCCCACGCGGCCGAUACCUCCAACGCGUAGCAACUACCACAAUCCGCGAGCAUGAAACAGCAAUUAUGGACUCCCCAGCCUGGUCAGCAAUGCGCCAACCCCUCCCCCUCCUCCUCCAAACCUUCCAAGGCCUCUCAACCCAAAAUGAAGACUUCUGGUUCCCAGCCUGCGCCUACUUCACCCGCGAAUCCUACCCAGCGGGUGAAGUCCUCUACUACGAAGGCGACGCCCCGCGCGCCUUCUACCUCCUCGAAUCGGGCAUGUUACGCGCGGGCUAUGAUCUCCCCCAGGGCCGCUACUUUGAGCUCAUUGUCGCGGGUCGACCGUGUGGCGAGUUGCCUUUCUUUAGUGAUACCCGUCGCACGGCGACUGUUAAGGCUGAGCGGGAUUGUGUGGCUUGGUGCUUGACAGGUGGGCAGUGGAAGAUCUUGCAGGAGAAAGAACCGCGUAUUGCGAGGGAGCUGUUGACUGUUAGUUUGAAGUUGACUACUGAGCGGAUGGAUUCUAUUACCUCUUAUGUCCUUACUAUGGCAGCUUGA